UUCAAUCCAAAAUGAAGAUCUUCGUCGUAUUCGCUCUGGCUAUUGCCAGUGUCAGCGCAGCCAAUUUGAACGCCAUUGCACAGCCUGCCUUCGCAUCGGGACGUAUCAUCAAUGGCUACGAGGCUCAGAAGGGUGAGGCUCCAUACAUCGUCUCACUGAAGUACGGCUCUCAUUUCUGCGCUGGUUCAAUCAUCGACGAGAACUGGGUACUCACUGCUGCUCACUGCCUCAUCUACAACAGUUUUGAGGUGGUCGCCGGUCUACACUCACGCAAUGACGAAUCCGAAGUACAGGUCCGUCACGUCACCGGCAAGUCGCAGUAUAUCGUACAUGAAGGUUAUGGCGGUGGUGUCGGUCCCAACGAUAUUGGCCUCAUCCACAUUCCCGAUGGCUUCAAUUUGAACGCGCUCUCACGUGAUGGUGUAGCACCUGUCAACAAAGUGUCCUUGCCAUCUGGUAAAUAUGAAAUCACUGGUGAUGGCAAACUUUUCGGCUGGGGACGUGAUAAUUCUGGUUCUUUUCCAAAUGUCUUGCAAACAUUGGAUGUCAACAUUAUUGG